UGAAUUCGUUUUGAAGUCACUUCCAGUAAUACUUCUGUUCAUCUCCUUCCAACAUGCGAUCGAUUCGGUCAUACCGUUCUUUGGUGCGAUUCACCAUAGCGACCAAAGGGAUCCUCAGAAGUUCAUCAUUUUCAAAUUUCCAGCUUUGUUCGCACGAUAUAGCGGUUACCCAGUUUAGAUCAUCACCUAUUCGAUCAUAUACUUUGUACUCUCAGAGUACCCUUUUUCUUGGUUGUCUGGACAACAUCUCAAACUAUCGAGCAUAUUCAUCAUUUUUUGGUGGCAAACGGGAUGUUCCCCGUGACACACAAGUUUCUGCUGCGAGUGAUUCAAAUGUUAACACGACCGAUGUGGUUGCUAACGACUGGAUUGAUAAUGUUAAGCAUGCUCUGCAGUCAGCAGUGGAGACUGUGGCUCAAACAGGGGAAAAGGUUAAAGAGGCAUCAGAUGAACUCACCCCUCAUGUUCAACAAUUGCUUGAUUCACAUCCGUACCUAAGAAAUAUAUUAAUUCCGGUUGGUGGGACUUUGACUGCCACCAUGUUGGCUUGGCUGGUCAUGCCGAGGCUUUUGAGGAAAUUUCACAAAUACUCAAUGCAAGGCACUGCUGCAUUGCUAUCUGGGAACCUAUCUCAGGAUCAAGUCUCCUAUGAGAAAAGCUUUUGGGGUGCUCUGGAAGACCGUCUGCGAUAUCUAAUCACCUUCAUGGCAUUCUCUCAGUUAGGUGUGAUCAUUGCUCCGACAACAAUUGCAUCUCAGUACAUUGCCCAAGCUUGGAGGGGUGCAGUUAUAGUCUCAUUUUUAUGGUUUCUCCACAGGUGGAAAACAAAUGUUUUUUCUCGUGCUCUGGCUGCUCACAGUGUGGUAGGGCUUGAUCGAGAAAAGUUGCUAGCUCUAGACAAACUUUCAUCUGUGGGUCUAUUUGUGUUGGGAUUGAUGGCUUUAGCGGAGGCAUGUGGUGUGGCUGUGCAAUCUAUAUUAACUGUUGGAGGGAUAGGAGGAGUGGCCACUGCUUUUGCAGCUAAAGACAUCCUUGGGAAUGUGCUGAGUGGGCUGUCCAUGCAGUUUUCAAAGCCUUUUUCCUUGGGAGAUACCAUAAAAGCUGGAUUAAUAGAAGGUCAAGUGGUAGAAAUGGGACUCACUACAACAUCCUUACUGAAUGUCGAGAAGUUCCCUGUUUUCAAAUCAGGUAAUAGGGAAUAAAUCACAUGCCCAAUGGCGUGCAAUGGUGAUCAAGAUUCCUUUUCGAAUUGAUAAUCUGGAAAAGAUUCCCUCUAUUUCCGAGGACAUAAAGUCCAUGCUAAGAUCUAACACAACAGUUUUUUUAGGAAAAGAGGCUCCUUUCUGUUUCCUAUCUCGAAUAGAAAAUUCAUAUGCUGAACCGACAAUUGGAUGCAACCUUAAACAUAUGAGCAAAGAUGAAUUAUACUCUACACAGCAAGAUAUUUUGCUGCAGUCAGCCAAGAUAAUCAAGCAACAAGGUGCUGCAUUGGGUAGCAGUAGCACCCUAUCUGAGUGGAACGAUCAGUGACAACUGAAUGAGAGGAAACUUCCCUUUGUAUAGAGGUACCAUUCUUGCUUCUCAGUAAUUCUGCUUGAGUUAUUUGAUACCUCCAAUAUAUGCAUUUUGUAAAUUAAUUAGUGAGGGUUGUUUCUUUUGUAAAUCAUUCUUCUUCCUUUCAUUCGGAUACUUAGUGAAUUCAAUAAUUAUUUCAUU